CCCCGCGGGGAGGUUUCUAGCUUGUGAAUGAGGGGUACCUGGAAACCGAUGUAACAUUUAUUGUGUGUUUGUUAGUCAGCGUUCCAGAUUUUAAAGCCGGUGGUGCUGAGAGCGUUUUGUGCUGAAUUAAAACAAGGGGUUACAGUUAACUGCAGGAUUGCAACUCCGGAGAAAUCGUUUUGAGAAUUAAAUUCAACUACCAGAACAAGCAGUGCAAUCUAAAGCAUUAAUCAAAGAACCACAAACGAUCGAAUUUGCUUGUCUGCCUGCCUGCUGCUUCUGCUGGAAAAUUCGUUUGAAAGGACUUGAGUUGAACCGAAGAAGCAGACCGAACGGAGCGGGAGGGGAUAUAACACAUGCUUUUGCUUAACUUGCAGGCAAAAAUAUUGUAAUUCUGAACUCAGAAACGCGGAGGACAGUCCUGUUUAUCUACAAAUUACCUGAAAGUAGCCCGGGACCAUUUAUUCAGAAAAAUUGGGGAUCCAUGACAACACGGGCAGAACAGUACCAGUUAAGUGACUUUUAACGUACUAAAGGAUAGGAAGUUUGAAAAAAAAGACCGACAGUUUACUUUUAGCUAAUGUUUCUAUGAAUAUUUAAACUUCAAAAUCUAGACGAACUUUUUUUCUUUCAAAGAAGAAAAAACGGCAAGCCGGCACGAGCUGCUGAAACCCAGAUACUGAAGAUUCCGCCGAGUUGAGCCUUGUUGCGGGAAUGCAGUAAAGGUUUUUUCAAACGCGCUUGCAUCCAAGAACAUUAAAACAACCGUGUUGACUUAAUUUGUUUCGGUGGCUACAUUUAAUUGAAAAAGUUUUGUCUUAUUUUUUUGAUAUACCCGGACUUUCUUUUUUUUUUUUUUUUUUUUUUGCUUUUUACUGUUAAAAAAAAACUCCCCUUACUAAAUAUGGCUGUGUUUAAGAAAGAUAAUUGCUUUUCCUGGCCUGUUUGUGUGUUGGCUCUGUGCGCCUUGUUCAGCCCGCAGAAGGCGACUGGACAGUAUCACGGAGAGAAGGGCAUUUCGAUUCCAGAGCACGGGUUUUGUCAGCCGAUCUCAAUUCCGCUGUGCACGGACAUUGCUUACAAUCAGACCAUCAUGCCCAAUUUGCUGGGUCACACGAACCAAGAGGACGCCGGGCUGGAGGUGCAUCAGUUCUACCCUCUGGUGAAGGUCCAGUGCUCUCCCGAUCUCAAGUUUUUCCUGUGUUCCAUGUAUGCCCCGGUCUGCACUGUUUUGGAACAAGCCAUUCCGCCUUGCAGGUCUCUUUGUGAGCGAGCCAGGCAGGGCUGCGAAGCGCUGAUGAACAAAUUCGGAUUUCAGUGGCCGGAGAGACUGAGAUGCGAGAAUUUCCCUGUGCACGGCGCAGGGGAGAUCUGUGUCGGACAGAACACCUCGGAUCCCAGCAGCCCGACUCCUUACCCGUCCCCCUACAUUCCGGACAUGAUCACGCUACACCCCAACACGGGUGGCCGCCCAAGUCAGCCUUUCUCGUGUCCAAGGCAACUCAAAGUCCCCACAUACCUGAACUAUCACUUCUUGGGGGAGAAGGACUGUGGCGCCCCCUGUGAACCAACUAAACAGAACGGGCUGAUGUACUUCAGAGAAGAGGAAGUGAAGUUUGGCAGGUUGUGGGUUGGCAUCUGGUCCAUCCUGUGCUGCGUCUCCACACUGUUCACUGUGCUCACCUACCUGGUUGACAUGAGGCGCUUCAGAUACCCGGAAAGACCCAUCAUUUUCCUGUCGGGCUGCUAUUUCAUGGUGGCAGUGGCCUAUGCCGCUGGCUUCUUCUUGGAGGACAAGGUGGUCUGCAUUGACAAGUUUGCGGACGAUGGCUACAAAACCGUGGCACAGGGGACCAAGAAGGAAGGCUGCACCAUUCUGUUCAUGAUCCUCUACUUUUUUGGCAUGGCGAGCUCCAUCUGGUGGGUCAUCCUAUCCCUUACCUGGUUCCUCUCGGCUGGAAUGAAAUGGGGCCAUGAAGCCAUUGAAGCCAACUCCCAGUACUUCCACCUGGCAGCCUGGGCAGUGCCAGCCAUCAAAACCAUCACCAUCUUGGCUAUGGGGCAGGUGGACGGGGACCUCCUGACUGGGGUGUGCUACGUUGGCAUCUACAAUGUGGAUUCCCUGCGUGGCUUUGUCCUGGCGCCCCUGUUUGUCUACCUCUUCAUCGGUACCUCCUUCCUCCUCGCCGGCUUCGUCUCCCUCUUCAGGAUCAGGACAAUCAUGAAGCACGACGGCACCAAGACGGAGAAGCUGGAGAAGCUGAUGGUUCGGAUCGGAGUCUUCAGCGUCCUCUACACUGUGCCAGCCACCAUCGUCAUUGCAUGCUACUUCUAUGAGCAGGCUUUCCGGGAGCAGUGGGAGAAGACCUGGCACAAGCAGACCUGCAAAAGCUUCGCGGUCCCCUGCCCUGGGAACGACUUUGCCCCCAUGACUCCAGACUUCACAGUUUUCAUGAUCAAGUACUUGAUGACCAUGAUUGUGGGGAUCACUUCCGGGUUCUGGAUAUGGUCUGGGAAAACCUUGCAGUCCUGGCGCAGGUUUUACAGCAGACUCAGCAACAGCAACCAAGGCGAGACCACUGUAUGAACUCGGCAGUCUCGGUGGGCAAACCAGAACAGUACUGCAGCAACUGCUAACUGAGACAUGCCCAGCUCACUAAGGCCAAGUCUAGGUUUUUGUAUCAGAAAACUACCACCAUAGUAAUAAUCAUGGCCUUGCCAUCCCAAUUUAUGUAACAAGUUUUAAACUGUUUAACCACAGUAUGGCAUUGCAAUUUUGUGGACUGUUGUCAGCCAAUCAGUAUUUCAUCAGUAGUGUUUGAAAUGUGGUGGUUUUUGGGAACAAAUGGUUUAAGACAGCAAAAAAAAAAAAGAAAACUGAAGUGACUUAAGUUCCAAAUUUGAGGAGCAAAUAUAUAUAAUUUUAAUUAUUAUUAUUAUUUUUUUUAAUGUGAAACUCUGGCAUUUUGCUCUUAUUGUGCCAAGAAAUGUAAUGCCUAUAUCUGCUGCCAAUUUAGAGUGAAUUGUUGUACACAUCCAGUCACUGCAUAAUAUAUAUAUGGGGGGGGGGGGGGGGGUCCAGAACAAAGUAGGUAAUAUUAAUUAGUGUCCCACAUUUGUUUGUAGGAGUGUGUACACUUUUUUUUUUUUUCCCCCCUUUUAUAAAGCAAAUGUAUUUUAACACAAAGCUGCAACACUUACUUUGGAUUCCAAGUGCUGAUUUGUAGACCCUGUAUCUAUUAUGCAGUGAUAAUGGUCGAAAUUAAUAUUAAGAUUCUCAUCCUUUUUAUAUGAAUUUUCUAUAACCCAGCUUAUACUGCAUUUUGCUCACAAUUUUAAUACAAAUCUCACAAUAAAAAACUGUUUCUUAUCUGAAAAGAUUUGAUUUGGUAAUCGGUCAUCUUGUCAGUAACUUGUGAGAGCUUAGAAAGUUGGUUAUCUUUUUAAGUUGGAACAUUUAAAAAAAUAUAUAUAUAUAAUGGCAACUUUUGCAAGAAAAAGACAAUCUUCUGGUAUCCUAUAGCACAAACUGAUGGGCAUUUUAAUUUUUUUUUUUUUUUUUUUUUGGUGGUACCUGUUUUUAUACAUGUGUAUAGCUGUAAAAAUAUGCAAGCAACUACAGUGUAAAUAUUGCUUCCCUUUUUUUCUAAAAAUAUAUGUAUUUAUAAAGUAAUUUUGCUGGUUUUUGAUUUUUUUUAAUACAGUAAGAGACCUCAUUUUUAUUGUAUUUGUACAGUUUCACUGAAUAAAAUGAUUAGAUUUUUAA